AAGCUAAAGGAAGGAAUAUCACUUCAGCAUAUCUCAGCCCCAAGGUAAGUAUGCCAAUAACCCUAAGCUAUUGUCAUUGUAAGGUUUGUGCUUUGUGCCCAUUGUCUUGAUUCUAGUUGAGAAUUGAAUUAUCUUAUGAAUAAGCAUACACUUCGAUUAUACCAGUUUGAUUUUUUGUUUGUCUAAGAUUUGAACUAUUGUGUAUGUUCGUCUAGUAUUUGGAUUUAGUGAUUCUGAAUAAACAUAUUCUUUGUUAUUGUAUGAACACUGAUAAAUUAUAAGCAAAGUUUUUUAUUCCAGCUUUCAAUUAGUAGUUUUUUUGCUGCUGUAACUUGGACAAAUUUGUAGACAAAUUGCACUUAAUUAUCUAUGCAGAUGUUAGAUUCAGGUCACAGUCAGGGUGCUGGGAGAGGGACCUCAACUAAUAGGGGUCACAUAAGGAAAUACAGGCCUAGAAUUUUUAAUGACAGUGCUACACCUCCGUCAAGUAUUCCACCACCUGCAUCCACUGUUCCACCACCUGCUUCCACUUUGCCAACACCUCUAUCAAGUUCUAGCUCAACGACUUCACAAAAUAUAUUUCAUCCUACCCAGUCACCACCCAUUAACCAAACACAUGCCACCAGUUCUAGUCAUGCACAGGUCAGUGAGACACCGAUUUCAAGAAAGAGGUUAAUAGAGCCUGAUGGGGAAGGAUUUCAUCCACAUAAGCUUGCGAUUAGUGGCAUAUCUGAAAUAAUUCAGAGUAAAUUUGAUAUGCUUUAUCCAUCAUGGAAGAAAAUACCCCCAGAAGUUCGAAAGAUGUGGUUUAGAGAGUUUGAGGCAAGUUAUUGUUUUAUGAUUUCAUUUGUUGUCUUUCUUUAUUGUUGUUAAUUUACAUUUCAUUACAUGAUCUUUUUGUGUAAUUCUUCUUACAAUUGUAAUACAAAAGAGAUUUACGUGGCUGCCCCACCAUGAUCCACUUAUUCGCUCCAAUUUUGAGAAGCGUGGGGCAGCUCGAAUGAAAGAUAUGUUAUCUGAUGUGCGUGUUAGAGGGAACAAGCCAGAAUGGAUAGGAGAUUCAGUGUGGGAGGUACUCUGCAACCAUUGGAGUUUUGAACACUUCAACAAGAUAAGUGUGCAGAAU